GCUUAGCUAGCUUCAGAGAAGCGCUCGAGGUGGAGGCAGUCAGCCUGCGACGGAAAACAAGCGAGGACAGCUCUGGCACUACAUCCUCAGUCCGUGUUUUAAAAGAGGAGAAUUUAGUUAAAGUGGAGAAUAGGUGGAUGUGAGUGGGCUCUGCGGGACUUUCACAGGGACUCGGUUACUUAUUGUGUGGCUCUCUCUCGGGCUGCGGUGUGUUGAGCGUGUCGCUGUUCGCCCGUUCUCAGUGGACUGUACACUAAGGAGGACUCCAUGAAAGAUGACGGAGGAGGGGAUUGUUGUAGCCAAGUGGGACUACACGGCCCAGCAGGACCAGGAACUUGACAUCCGUAAAAAUGAGCGCCUCUUCCUCUUGGACGACUCAAAGACGUGGUGGCGCGUCCGCAACGCCGCCAACCAAACGGGCUAUGUGCCAUCGAACUACGUGGAGCGCAAGAACAGCCUGAAGAAAGGCUCGCUGGUGAAGAACAUCAAAGACACUCUGGGUUUGGGGAAGGGUAAGAGGAAGACGAGUGCCCGUGAUCCGUCCCCUACACCGAGCUCAGACGCAGAGUACCCCUCCAAUGGCAGCGGGGGAGGAGGUGGGGUUGGAGCAGCGGAGAGGAUCUACGACCUCAACACCCCUGCUGUGGUCAAGUUUGCAUACACAGCAGAGAGGGAAGACGAGCUGACCUUGGUCAAAGGCUCCAGGGUGAUCGUCAUGGAGAAGUGUAGCGACGGUUGGUGGCGUGGCAGUCAAGCCGGCCGCGUCGGCUGGUUUCCCUCGAACUACGUCCAGGAAGAGCUCACGGGGGGCGACGACAGAGAGGCAGAUUCCUCGCGGGGUUACCUUGGAGUUCCUCGGGGAGGUCUGCUGGCCAACGGCCAAGCAGGCGGCAGGGGCGUCGUCCUCCACCUGGUUCAAACGCUCUACCCCUUUAGCUCAGUGACAGAGGAGGAGCUUAACUUUGAAAAGGGAGAAAUCAUGGAGGUGAUAGAGAAGCCGGAGAACGACCCAGAGUGGUGGAGGUGUAAGAACUCUCUUGGCAUGGUGGGCCUGGUGCCUAAAAACUAUGUGAUGGUGCGUGACGAGCAGCCCGGCCCACCCUCCAUGUCAGGCUCCCCACAGAACCGCUUUGCAGCUCCAGCGCGCUCGGGGAGGUUCGCCGGGAGGGACUGGUACUACGGCAACAUCACUAGACACCAGGCCGAGUGCAUACUCAACGAACGAGGAGAGGAGGGUGACUUCCUCAUACGAGACAGCGAGUCAUCGCCCAGCGAUUUCUCCGUGUCUCUGAAGGCGGCGGGGAAAAACAAGCACUUUAAAGUGCAGCUGUCAGACGGGGUGUACUGUAUCGGCCAGCGGCGGUUCAACUCCAUGGAUGAACUGGUGGAGCAUUACAAGAAGGCCCCUAUCUUCACCAGUGAUCAUGGAGAUAAGCUGUACUUGGUGAAGGCCCUGCUGUGAUCUGUACGUCUACACUGGAUCCCCCCCCACACACUCUCUCUCUGACACACUCACACAUACGAUCCAUCCUUGUCUUAACCCAAGCCUUAGCUGUGGGCCCUUCCCGCUGUGGCGUCCGUACCACAUCUGGAUCCUCAGAUCUCUUGGAUUUUCCGAGCAAAAACAAGACAAGCUUUUUUGCGUUGUAGCUCAUGGCUGUUUUUACCGACGACCCUCAGAGAGCCAUCACCGAGCCACAUGGAGAACACAGUGCGUACAGAGCCUCUGCUAUCUUGGAUGUGCUAACAUGCAGUGAGCAGAUUAGCUGCUAACUGAUCGCCUUAGGCCUCGCCGGAGGUUGAGCUCUCCCUCUGAUGUCAUGCAUAAUGUCUACAUACUAGCACGCACAUUGUCACUCACACCUUUGCUCUUAAUUUACGUUUAGCCGUUCAAAGAGGAACUCGGACCUCAGCGGGACCUAACUGUCAUGCCUCAUGACAGGCCAUGUUUUGUUUUUUUCUUUUCUUAAAGGUUGAGUUUAAACGUUAUUUAAAAUCAUCUUCCUUAAAGUUCUGUAGAGUUCCUUUUUUCACAAAGUGACCAUAACCACUCUUUGGCCUUUUUUUUCCUUCUGAUUUUUCAUCAUUCUCCACUCAUUUUUUUCUGUAUCUAGUAAAUGAUUUAUUACUAGUGAUACUUUAAUUACAGACAACACUCACUGUAGUAUUUCUACCAGACGGUGCAAUAGAGGAGACCUCAGAGUUCCUGUAGAGUUUGAAUGUUGAUCCAUGUAACCAAACGUGCCACCCUGUACCCACUACUGCUGGCUCCAGGUCUUUCACAUUAAUCCACAGCUCAGUGCUCAUGCUUUAUAUUGUCAAGUUGAAAACAUUACUGUUUUGUUCUUUAGUAUGUGUCUGUAGCUACAUGAGGAAGACCAAGAAUAAUAAAAUCUUUUUUGUUUUGUUUUGGUAAAGCUUCCUGAGUUACUCUGUCUGUGAUGUGAUACAGUUCAGGAUAAACAAAAGUACCUCUUCUGAUGCCAUCUUUGUAAUUUAAGAAAACAGUUUGGAGCAAAUAUUUAUGGAGGACUAAUGGGUAAUAAAGAAGAU